GAGAGAGAGAGAGAGAGAGAGAGAGAGAGAGAGAGAGAGAGAAUGAAAUUAAAUCGAGGAAAAAAUAAAUGUAUUUCGUAUGAAAAAAAAAUAAAAAGAAACUAAAAUUAAAAAAAAGUCCGAGAUAAUCUCAUUCCUAAUAAGUAAAGGAGUAAAAAGUUGAAUUGAUCUAUCUGGAGGCUCAAUGCGUCUGUCGAAAAAAAAGCCAUUGUACAUUUUCGCAUAGCACGCAUAAAUAUCGCGAUAUUUAUGAAUCGCACGUAAAUCGAUCCAAAUUCCAAUUUCAUUGGGUAAUUAUUACAAAGUUCAUUUAGCCGAGAAUUACGACAUUAAAUCUUACUAAGCAAUUUUUCAGACCUUACAAAUUUUUUUUCAUUCCUCGAUCUACCUCAUUAAGCGAAAAAUCGCCGAGAGUUUAACAAAGUUACGUUAAGCCUACGUGAUCGUUCACAUUUUCAUACAAAAGAAUUUGUUCUUCUUUAAUACGCGCUUUUCGUGAUGUAACUCUUUUUCUAAUGAAAUUAAAUAAAAAUUACAAUAAAAAAAAUGAGGAGACAAUGGAAACUCGAAUUAAGUCUUUUAACGUGCCUGGCAAUUUUUGUGACGGGAGAACCCUCGUUGAACGACAUAACGCUGCAGGUGAACACGAGAAAACUGGUCUCAGUAAGCAGCGAUAAAUUUCUCAGCCUUGCUAUCGAUCCACUAGCUAUACUUACAUCCAACGAUGUCUCAGCAAAUUACGAAAGAAGUAUACGAAUGGCCAGAGCCUUAAGUCCUGCAUAUCUUCGACUUGGUGGGCCUCAAAGUAACUUGUAUUUACUCGGUGAACACAACGACACGGACUAUGUUUUUUCAGAAAGCAAUUGGAGACGGCUCCAUCAAUGGGCUGGAAAGACUGGUCUUGAUGUGAUUGCCUGCAUAUCACCAAGAUUCAUGACUAAUGAUAGCGAACUGGAUCUCAUUUCUUUGACCGAUCGAAUGGGCUUCAAUGUUAGCUGGCAAUUGGGAUAUGAGUGCCAAACGAGAUGCGAUUUUAGUGGCAUCGACGUUGGUAGAUACGUUCGAAUUUUGCGGAAUAAAUUGAACGGCAUUCCAAGAUAUUCAAAUAGUAUUAUCACUGGACCGGAUGUGGUCGCUUAUGAGACUAAAGAACAACAGGAAUAUCUUGAGAACUUUUUUAGCGAAGCUGACGUAUCUCUCACAGCUGUCACGUGGCAUCCAGAUUUCGCUGGUGCUACUUGGAACGACGAAGGUGUUUUCAUGGAUCAUGAUCAAUUUUUAUUAGAUAACAAUGACCUCUACAAAAUUAUAGAACGUGAUGCUGCGAAGAAGCCACUUUGGAUUGCCGAAUCUAAAUACGAGACAAGCAAGAAUCAAUUUCUCGGUGCACUCGCCUGGACCAACAGAUUGGGAAACACCGCAAAACUCGGAAUACAAGUUCUAAUGAGACAACCAACCGAUCUCUCGAAACCAACUCCGGAUUAUUGGGUAUCUCUACUUCACAAGAAACUAGUCGGUCGAGAAGUUUUAGAUACGAGGAUUCAAAUAGGUAACAGAAGCCAUGUGCACUUUUAUGUACAAUGUACAAAAGCUUCGGCUACUUAUGAGAAAGGAGCCUUAACGAUUUUUGGUAUAAAUUUGACACCAAUGAAAAUACGAGCAAAUCUAAAGGGCUUAAAAAUAAAAAACCUUCAUGAGUAUGUUCUAAUGCCAGGCUUCGAUGCAGAAAAUCAAAUGUUCUCGGAAAGUGUCCUUUUAAAUGGCAAACCACUGAGCUUUUUCAAAAAGACAGAAUUACCCGAAUUUGAACCAAUUAUAUCGAACAACGAAAAGGGCUUGAGUAUUAAGUUACCAUCAGGUGGUAUAGGAUUUUGGGUUGUACCCGAUCAAAAGAUAAAAUUCUGUAUGGGUCAUGAUGUUCAAGAAGAGAAUCUAGUUGAAAGAAUGUUGAAAAAGAAAUUCCAGGAGAAUCAGAUCAAACAAAAUGAAAUACCGCGGAAAAGAAGAUUAAUCGAUCGGCAAAAAAUUAUUGUACAUCAGAAAAAUAAGAAACGAAGGAGCUUAGUCAAAAGAGAAAUAGAUGGUAGAGAGUGGAAAUUAAAGAAAAUUGAAAUGCAAAAGCAGAUCGAGAAGUAUGGAAAAGUUCUUAAGGGAAAAUUUGCACUAAAUGAAAGUAAAAAGUCUAAGAGCGAAUCUGUCGAUCUUUCCGAUUCGUAUUCUAGUUGGAAAGCAAAUAAGACAGUGGAAGAUUUUAAAAAAUCUAAGAGAGAUCUUGACAAAUUUUUAUCCAAUUUUCAGAAGACCGAUCAGAAAUAUAUACCGGAGAACAAUGCAAGAAGGAACAGGCAAUCUUGGAUUCUUUCGGGUUCGAAGAAAGAAGAAACCAAUGAAAAUAAUUCUUGUGAAUUUUUCAGGAAGGAACCAAUGAAAAAUUUCUCGAGUGGUGACGUUUUUUUAGAGACUGAUGAUUCAACGAAGAAAGAAAAGGAUUAUGAUUAUACGAAGGACGAAGAUGAUAAAAGGGAAAAAGUAGAGCUAAAAGUAUGGAAAGCACAGGCUAUGAAUAUAAGACCGAUCAAUCAUACCAAGCUCGACAAUACUUGGAUAGAUGUUGACGAUGAUUAUCGUGGUUAUAUACAGAAUGAAUUUUUCGAGACCGUGAACAUGUCGAAUGUGCGUAUGAAAGAGAAUUCGAAUGAUUACAGGAAUAUUUUGGAAGCUAAAAACAUUAAAAAACACUCAAUAAACAAAGAAAAUGACAAAAAGAAAAAUAUCAAAACAAAAACUAUCGCAGACGAUGCUUCAGAUUUCGCUGAAGAGAGACGAAUCAAAGAAAAUAAUCUGAAUAUGUUAAUGAACUAUUAUUCAGAUUCUUCAGUCGGUAAAAGCAAUAAAGAGAACCUCGAAAAGCAUUCUAAAGUAAAGACUCAAGGAUCCAAACUCGGAGACUCUAUCAUGGCUUUUCUAGAUAAAACUAAAUUAACGUUGCCUGAUAGAAGAAGAACCAAGACUGUUCCUAUCGAGAAAAACGAGAUGACGGAUCUCGAUGUUUUACAUUAUUCCAAUUCAAUCAAUUUGCCGAUGCACAUUCCAGAUUAUAGCGAUUUGAAACAAAAUAAAAGAUUGAAGAGAAAAGUAAACGACUUGAAUAUGAUACUGGAGAAAGAGAUGAUCGAUGAGGAUGAUGAAAAUUUGAAGGAUUGUCGGUGUAGAGUGAUCAGAAAUUUGAACGAUGACUUAAAAUUAAUUCGUUGUAAGGCAAAACGACACGUAAAUGAAAAUUACGAAGAAAUUACGGAAUCUGAUAGCGAUAACGUAAGGACUUAUGAAACUGAACAUUAUGAAGAAACUACAGAAUCUGAUAAUUAUAAAACUGAAAAUUAUGAAAAAACUGCAGAAUCUGAUAAUGAAAACGUAAGAACUUAUGAUACUGAAUAUUAUGAAGAACGUACAGAAUCUGAUAAUGAAAAAGUCAAGGAUCAUGAAACUGAACAAUCGAAAGCCGAUCAGCAAUUGGUAGAAUCGAUUGAAACAGAUUUCGAUCAAAAGGAUAAUCAUGAAAUCGACAAUUCGUCUAUGCUUAUGGCAGAGCUAAGAAAUCACUUGUCUGGGACUUUUCAGGAUGUUUCAGAAAUAAACAAUACUAUGAUAAACGAUUAUGAACUAGGAACUGAAGAAGACAAGUUUUUUCGUGGCCCUUCGGGGCAAACCAAAGAAAAGAAAACGACGAUUAAUUUUAACAAGAAUACUUACAGCAUUACUCCGAGGCUUUCACAAAAUAUUUCAUCCAAUUCGAAGGAGACCAAAACUACUGAAGUCUGGUACGAUAAACGCACGUCGUCUUCGAGAGAAGCAGAAGAAAUAGGAACAAAGAAAAGCGAAGAUCUUACAACCGCAACACUCGACCGAGAAAUAUCUUCCAAAAGGAUCACGAAACAAAUAAGAAACGAUCAAAAUCGAAGAGAAUCAACCAACGAGUUAUCGAAAACUUCGAAAAAGUUAGUCCCAAAGACAGUGGAUUCUUCAAAGACAGAAAUAAAGUCUAAUUCGAAAAAAUACGAGAUAACGGAAGUUCCUAAAGCUGCGGACAACAAAACUUUAAUGGUCUUUAAAAAAGAGAACGAAAAGAGAAAGAGGAAUACACCAAAACUGAUUUCAAGGGAAAAGGACAAACAAGGACAACAUCAACAUAAUUACAGGAAACGAAGAAAGACACUGAGGCAAAAACUAAACGCAAAAGAAAAAGAGAAUAUCUUGCAGCAAUAUGACGACGAGAUAUCGAACGUGAUAAAAAGAAAUAUAAAGGAGUAUAAUAUAAAAGAUAAAAAUGGAAACUUGAAAAGAAAGAUAAGAGAAAAUUUAAGAAAUAACGAGGACUAUGAAGACAUGACCGAUCUAAAGAAAGUUGGAUACGUUUCAACUUACGAACCGAUAGAUUAUGAUACGUUAAAAAAAGAAAAACAGAUAAAUCGAGAAGAAAAAAGAAAAUAUAUUCCCCAGGUAGCUAUCAUUGGGCCUUUGAAGAAAAUCCAAGAAAAAUUGAUCGAAUCUAAGAGAUAUCCUAAUCUAGAGGAUCCACGUGUCAUACUCCAUACAAAAUACGAUGGAACGAAUUCAAAAUUAAUUCAAUCGUUAGGAUUCCCAUAUAAUUUUAUAAAUGAAGGUAAACGAAACGAUAAGGAUCAACUUGCUUUUGAUAAAAGAUAUUAUGUUCUGGUCGAUUCUAACAAAGAGAAAGAUCCAUGGACAUUUCGGUAUCAAAGAAAAUCGGAGGAAAAAUUGAGGAAUGCUUAUGAACAUAAUGAGAGAGAGAAAUUGCCGGAAAACUCGAAGGUUCGUACGUUAGAAAUACCCAUUACGUAUAUAUACGACAAAUCCAAAGAAACAAUCAAUUCAAAAGAAACAUUGAAAUCACGAAUCUCCAAACAUAAAGUUUAUGCUAUUGAUUCUACGAUUUACAAGGAUGACGAUCCAGAGUUGCAAACUCGUGAAUAUUCUUCUGAAUUAUUGAUCUCUGAUAAUGAUUCAACGUCAAACAUUUACAAUUUAAUUCUCAAGCCGAAAUUGAACAGAGAACAGAAGAAUAAUCAGUAUCAAAGAAGUUCACCGAUUUUGUAUGUUUUAAACACAAAAAGACAAAAUGACUUAAAGAAACAAUCGGAUGUCGAAUCGAAUGUUUUGGAACGUAGAAACACGAACGAUCAUUUGGAGAAAGAAUUUGAAACUGUUAAUAAUUCUAAGAAUUCCGAACAAGACGAUUCUGAAUCGAUGGAAGAAGAUAUUACGAAAGAAGAUGAGUCGAUUACAAUAAAUCCAAGUCCGAUGAAAAAUUCGAAAAAAAAUGAAGAAAAUUCUAAAAUUGACGAAAAUCAAGAAAACAUUGAUAAUCAUCGAGCUCGAAGAGAUAUCGAAGAGAUGAAUUCAAUAUUAAUUAAAAAAUUACCAUUAUCGCUGUACGAAAAAAAUAAAAUUACAUGGUCAAAACUAUAUAAUUAUUUGAAUUUAAACAAGGAUUUUUCGAUCGAUAAAUCGGUCGAGAAUUCAAAACGAUUUUCAAAAUUAUUUAAGAAAUUAAAUUUUAUCGAAAGUAUAUUUAAUAAUCCAACAAAAAAAUCACUAUUAUCUUUCGACACACGUUUCAUCAAAAAUCAUCGAAUCGACAAAGAUCUUUCGAAAAAAACCAUUCCUUUUUCGAAAGAUAUAGAUUUUAUGGAGAGUUUAAAACACAUUUUAUUCAAUAAUAGUGUAUAUUUCAAAUCGGAAGAAAAUGAAUCUUCUAUAAACGAAAUAGGAGGACAUGUAACAUCUGAGAAACAUUCAGAUGAACUUGAUAAAGAAGUACUGAACGAGAUAAACCAUGAAAAUGAAGAUUUUAGCGUAAAACGAGAUACAAAUGAAUGGUUAAAAAUGUUACCUUUGAUAUUACAAAAAAAUAAGCGUAAACAUGGACAAUUGCAAGAAAAAAACAAUUACGAGAUAAGUUCUUUACAACCCAGCAACAUAUUUCAAAGUAAAAGCGAAAUUGUUAAAAAUCCAAAAUUAAAUUUAAAACACGUAUACAGUUAUAUAAAUGAAAAUAAUAAUAAACCAUUGGAAGAUAUAGAUCAUGAAAAUUUAAAUAAAGAAUCAGAGAAACUUGAUCAACUUCGGGAAUUCAAUCCAUUAUUAAGUUCGGAAGAAGAAAACUAUGUAGUAGAUAAUUUUUUGGAAUCUUUUUUACGGCACGAUUCCCUGAUGAAGAAUAAUGAUCAUAAGAAUGAACCGAAUGUCAGUAAUAAAUCAUCGUCGUUUCUUCAAGGAGCUAUUCCAGAAUUACAAGAAGUGAUAACCGAAAGAUUUAAUACAGCCCAGAACGUAACUAAAUCUUUGAAAGAAUUCACGGAAAGCUUCGAUAAAAAGUUUAACGAGACUCUACUGAAAGAUGAUAAAAAUGAAACCGUUGAAAAUACAAUUUCGUCCACGAUCAUGCAUUUUUCAAAUGAUGAUAAGCCUACGAGCAUUUUUCAUACGAUUAUAACGAAUGUGCAAAAAUUUUUCACUUCUUUCUCUGAUUUUAUUCGUACGCUCUAUAGAAAAUAAUAAAUUUAUAAUAAUGUUAUUUCAUUUACAUUUCAUGUAUUCAUACUAUUUCUUUUUAAAAAUACAUAUCAUGCAACUUAGCUAUAUCUUUAUAAUACUUAAUUGAGAAUAUCAGAUUUGUAAUAAACUAUAUACAUGCAUCUAAAUGUAAGUAUAUAAGUGAGAAAAGAAAAAAAGGAUGGUGUAAUAAAUAACAAAUAAUAUUCUAGGAUAA